AUAUAUGAUAUGACAAAGGAAAGAACGAGUUUAGCUCGUUGAAGUUAUAGACGUUUGAGUAUAAGCUUUAGGAUGUUGAUAUUUACAUUUAAUGAUGUGUAAGGUGUAUGUUUCAUAAUCUGAGAAAUCGACAACACUGUACAUAAACAUUAAAGAAAUAAACGGAACGAUGUCAUCAAGACUAAAGGAAAACUUUCUUAGACAUGCAAUUCUUGUUGUUGACCAUUCUAAAGAUGCCUUGAUAUCCUUAGUAGAUUUGGAACUGUCAAACAACGGGUUAAGUUUUGAACAUUUCAUAAACAAAAAUCAACAUGAAAUCUAUCAUUUACAUAAUAAUUCUAGAUGUUGCCAAUGUCCAAAUGGCUACUAUCCACAAAAAUCAUCUAGAAUCUUACAUGGUCAACAGAUGGACCUGUUAUUUGACAGAACAUCGAAGAAACCUUGUCAUAAAUCAGGAAGAUCAGGUGACUAUUGUUGUAGUACUGCUAUGCCUGGACUACGCACAGCAAUCCUUGACCUUACCUUGGCAAGAUGUCUGCUGGUUAACUUUUGUCUAGAUGUGUUCUGGUACAGCUGCUUAAAUCAGCAGGGAAAGACGUUAGAAGAUUUUUUAGACAAUCAUAAACACGACAUUUACCAUCUCUGGCAGUAUAAUACACCAUGUUGUCAAUGCCCGGCGUCAGGGUUUAAAUUUCCAAGCAGUCGGCUAAUUUUGGAUCAGACACAUUGGAUUCAGUUGUUUAAUGCCCUUAAACUUCCAUGUUUAAACCACAAAAAGAGACCGAGUCCUGGAAGUAUGCAUAGUAUUUGCUCUGUUGCAGCAAUGUCAGGGAUAUCAGUUACACAUCUGAAUACAUAUCUAUCCAAAGUGAUUCUACAGAACUUCUGCUCUUUGUGGCAGACAGUUGAAACAUUGGUUCAGAUAAGAAAUGUAGACUAUGGCCAUGCUACUGCAGGUGAAAUGACAGAUCAAGAAUAUAAUAAAUCGGUCAACACAAUUGAGCUUAAUAUUAUGGUAAUCGGACAAGUUUGUAAUAAGGAAACAUAUUUUAAAGGAGUUAUUCAUGAAGCCAAACAUGGUACACUUCAAUAUACUCUGUUCGAGAAAUAUAAAGACAGCCUGAUAGAAAACCUUGCUCGACAAGAUGAACUCAACAAGAAUGUUACUGGAAUAGUGAUACCACAAUUAAACAGGCUUGCAGAUAAAAUUGCAUCUAAGGCUGAACAGAUACCUACUGCAAUUGCUGCAAAAAUGCCAAAAAUUAUUGGUGAUUCGAUACAGCAGUUUCACGAAACAGAUGAACGGAAACAAACAGAUCAAGACAAUCUACAGGAAAAUCUAAAAGAUUAUCUUAAUAGAAUUCAAUGUCAGACAGCUUUGGAAAUUCAGUGCCACGUGAACGAAGGAACGUUUGUAGAAACAAACGCCGUCAGAAAAUUUAUUGCAAAUGCAGAAAAGUUCGAUGUUUUUGUAAUUUACGGUUCCAAAGGUGUUGGGAAAACGUGCACAGGGUUAGAGAUCUUGAGGCAAUUUGGUAUGAAAGACAAAAGUUACACACUGAUUAAGAUUUCAGAUAUUAAAAAAGUAGACGAGGUUAUUAAAGACACCCGAAAAAUUGUUAUACUAUUAGACGAUGUAUUCCGUACAAAGUAUUGCCCGUGCAACAGUGAUUUGAAUGUGAAUCAGUUAGAUUUAUUGAAUGCAAGAAGAUCUGCAGGAAAUCUAAAAAUAAUAUUUACCAUAGGAUCGAUAUUUAGAAAAUCAUUUAAAGACUUACUUUAUUCCCACAGGCUUUUUAAAGGUCACUAUCAAAUUGACCUUGCUCUGUUGCAAUUCUGUAUGACUGAUCAUGAAAAGGAAGAAAUCCUUUCCAAAUUUUGUAAAAAACAAAAAAUUCAAAUUAGAUUUAAUCAAAUGCAGAAUGUCAGUGGUAUGGUAUUGGACAAGAACAAGUUUAAUGAAAUUGUCCAAACAGAUCCUUAUAUGGGAUACCCAACCGCGUGUUAUUUGUUUACAUCAAAUAAAUGCUAUUUUCGGUUAGGUCUACGAUUUUUCGAACAUACAAGUAGUUCCUUGAUAGAUGAUAUAAACGCGCUUAGCGACGUUGAAGAUUUCUGGAGAUUUGACUUAGUUUCAUAUGCAACACUGGUUUACAUUCUUCUUUGUAAUAGCAGUAUAUCAUUAAACAACAUUGAUAUUCGAAAGGUGAAGGCUAUAAUGCAGUUAGGUGGAAGUAGCAAACGGUUUACACGUAGAUGUAACAUUAUUGAUAGUCUUAAGAGAAUGGACGGUACAUAUCUCAUGUAUGAUUCAUCUAACCAAGUAUAUAAGUUCAAACAUCAGAUGGUUUAUGAAGCUGUUGCUAUAUCAUACUUUGAUAUAGAUCCAGAUACAGUUGUAGAUGUACUUACUUUUGAGUUCAUUAGUGCAAUGAUAAGGCUUCAAAAUAAUAACUUCAAACAAACAGAAGAAGUUUUUUUGGUGAUACCUGAAGACCAGUACAUUACCUUAGCAAAGCAACUUAUACGAAUUUUACAUAAAGAUUACCAAACAAAGUCUUUUAAAUUCGUUGAAAUGUUAUGCGAUACAAGACUAAUGUUGGAAGACAAUGCAGAUUUCGUAAAUAUUUUAUUGAAAGAAUUCGAAACAUGUAUAUUUAGUGAAGAAACCGAUUUGUCUUACCUAGACAAUACAAUUAAGGUGAAGUUUUAUUUCUGUUCUGCUUUAUUACUGUACCUGACAAGGAAGCAGAAUGUCGACAACUCUAUUACAGUGACAUUGUAUUUCAUGGAGCGGUUAAUUAAAGACGGAAUAGAUCCGAACUUGGUUUCGUCUUGUAAAAAAACGAUACUUGCAAUAUUUGACUAUUUGUGUGCAUCAGAAGAAGUGGAUACCAUAUCAGCAUUCAUUGUACAACCACUAACUGAAUGGGGAAUUGAUUGUAAUUUCAAUGAGUUUAUAUACAGAGCAAUUGACAAUGAAAAGAAUAAUACAGCGAGUUUUCUAUUGCAAUAUUUGUCACAGGAGAUUAAUCUAGUUGAACUUAUUAUGAAUAUGGAUGCAGUAAAGAAGCCGAGAGUACUUAGUAUAGCUAAUGAAACUUUCAAGAUCUCUUCAUCAUGUUCAUACAGAGGUACUGACGUUACUGAACUUAUCAAAUGGCUUAUAACUAAUACCCCUGAUAACACGUUCAAUAUAAAUAACAUAAUAAUAACAUCAGCCUCAAAAAAUCUUGUUAGUCUUUUAACUUGGUGUUUGCUGGAAACCAACCUUUUGAUAGGAAACGUAAAUGGUGUUAUUUAUUAUGCUUUUCAAAACGGAUGGGAAGAGGUGUUAAUAAUUCUUAUGGAUAAAAAAAUGUUUAAUCCAAAUGAUGUAGUUUACAUUUUCAAUACAGCAGUUGGGAAAAGCAUGGCCCGUUUGGUGAUACUGUUGCUAACACGAUAUCCAUCGUUUUGCGACGUUCAAUUAGCAUUCACUAGUGCAUUAGAAGACAACAAUUUUAUAACCAUGAAAUGCUUAAUCUUGAAUGUCAAAAACCCUCUUGAUAUGAGAAUGAUUAUGAAUAGUAUUUUAUAUCAGUUGGACUCAUGCCAAAUUUAUCCUUUUUAUGACUGGUUGUUGCAAGAAGAAGAUAAACAAAUUCAGAAAUCAGUAUUUAAUAAUAAUGAUAAUUUACAGAUUAUAAAGUGGAGUCUUACAAAUUUUACAUCACAUCGUAAAACCUUAGUUGAAAGAAUAUAUGAGACACUUAACAGUAAUAUUACUAAAUAUGUAGACAUAUUACAGUGGUUUGUGGUAAAUAUGGCACCAUCAGUUCUACCAAUUAAAUAUGUAAUGGACAUGGCGGUACAGAAGAGAUUUACAAAAGUUCUAAUAUGGAUUUUAAAGAACUAUGAUCAUCAACAGUGUAACCUUCUCGAUCACGCCACUGAAGUAUGUAAAUCAAAAGAUCGAAACUUAAUAGAAAUAUACUUCUCAAAUGUAGAUCAUGGUCAUAUGAAUUUAGCAUCUGUCAUGCAAACAAUGAUAGCAACAAAUCCGAACAGCCAAUGCAGUGAACAGGUCUUGUGGAUGUUACAAAAUGUUGACCAUACACUAUUUAAUAUGAAAAUGUUGAUGAACACAGCUUGCAAACACGAGCAAAUGGAUAUAGUGAAGUAUCUUUUUAAGAAUGUUGAUCAUACACUGUUUGAUAUAAAGACAAUACUAGAUGCAGCUAUUGUGUUUGGAUCACUGGAUAUCGUGAAGUAUGUUAUAGGGAAUGUUGAUCGUACAUUGUUUGAUAUGAAGGUAUUAUUGAAUGAAGCUUGUGACCUCGAGCGGUUGCAUAUAGUAACGUAUCUGAUUGAGAAUGUUGAUCAUACAUUGUAUGAUAUGAAGACAGCAAUGAAUGAAGCUUGUCAGAAUGGAGGUACGAAUAUAGUGGAGUAUCUGAUUGAAAAUGUUGAUCAUACAUUGUUUGAUAUGGUGACAGCAAUGAAUGAAGCUUGUCAGUAUGGAUCGCUGGAUAUAGUGAAGUAUCUGAUGAAGAAUUUUGACUUUACACUGUUUGAUAUAAAGGCAGCAAUGCAUGGAGCUUGUGGAAAAGCACAUUUUGAUAUAAUGAAAUAUAUGAUUGAGAACUGCAAUCAUGCAUUGUUUGAUAUGCAUACAGUAAUGCAUACAGCUUGUAAAGAGGACGAGCUGGUUUUUUUUAAGUAUCUGAUGGAUAAUGUUGACCAUACAUUGUUUGAUAUGAAGACAGCAAUGAAUGAGGCUUGUCUGUAUGCAUCGUUUUAUAUAGUGGAGUACCUGAUGGAGAAUGUUGACCAUACAUUGUUUGAUAUGAAAACAGCAAUGAAUGAAGUUGGUGUGUGUGGAUCGCUUGAUAUAGUGGAGUACAUGAUGGAGAAUGUUGAUCAUAAAUUGUUUGAUAUGAAGACAGCAAUGAAUGAAGCUUGUCAGUAUGGAUCGUUUGAUAUGAUAAAGUACUUGAUAGAGAAUUUCGACUUUACACUGUUUGAUAUAGAGGCAGCAAUGAAUGAAGCUUGUGGAGAAGCACAUUUUGAUAUAAUGAAAUAUUUGAUGGAGAACUGCAAUCAUGCAUUGUUUGAUAUGGGUACAGUAAUGCAUACAGCUUGUAAAGAGGACGAGCUGGUUUUUUUUAAGUAUCUUAUUGAUAAUGAUCAUGCAUUGUUUGACAUGAAAACAGUAAUGAAUGAGGCUUGUCGGUAUGGAUCGCUGGAAAUAGUGAAAUAUUUGAUGGAGAUGUUUAAUCAUGCCUGUAUUUAUAUGAAUACAGCUGUUAAUACUAAUAGUCAAGAAGCAAACUUAAGUAUAUUACAAUAUUUUUAUAAAUAUAGGCGUUGUUUAACAGAAGAAGAGAUACAGGAAUUACUCAACACUACUUUCAAUAGUACUUUCAAUGGCUUUCGUGACAACAAAUGUGAAGAUUAUGAGGAUCUUAUAAUGUUAUUUUGUAAAACGAAAAAUGAACACAUAGAAUGGUCAGAUGUAUUAAACCGGGCGUGUAGUGUUGGGUUUAAAAGAGUUGUUAAAUGGCUGUUAAAUAAUGUAUCCAAUGCUAUUUUUGAUUUAGAUACCGCCAUUCUUCGAGCGUUGCAUUUCGGUAAGGAUUAUGUCGCUCGUGAAAUUGUUUCCAUGAUUCUUCGAAUUUGUGACCACAAUCUGACUGAUAUGAAAACUGUCAUAAAUGCUAUUUGCCAUCAUGGUUUUACAGACAUCGCGAUGGACGCUUUAAAAGAUCAGAAAAAUUUUACAUUUGACCUUAACACAAUAAUGAAUGAAGCGUGUUUUCAUGGGGAUAUGAAUUUAUUUAAGUGGUUAUGGGAAUCAGCGGAUGAUAACCUGUUUGAUAUUAAGACAGCAAUGAUUAAAGUUUGUAGAUCUAGUGGUGAAGAUGCUAUUUCAAUAUUGGAAUGGCUAUGGGAAAAUGUCAAUAGAGAUUUAUUUGAUAUGGAUGUAGCUAUGAAAAAUGCUUGUGCGUAUGGAAGAACAGAAAAUGUUAAAUGGCUUUGGAUGAAUACCAAUACUAAAACAUAUCAAAUACAAAAUGCAUUACUAAAGGCUUGUGAAGGUGAUCAUGUGUCUACAGUUAGAUGGUUGAUUAUGAAUGUUCCUGAACAUCUGCUCAACUUACCACAUGCCUUACAAACAGUAUGUGCGAGUUCUAAACGCAGUAGUGUAUAUAUUGUCAAAAUACUUGUAGAGCAUGCUGAUAAAUCAAAAUUAAACAUAAACAUAAAUUUAUUGAUUGAAACAGCUUGUAAAUGUUGUAACAUCAAUAUAGUUCGAUACUUGAUAACCGUUGCAGAGCGUAACAUGAUGAAUUAUAAAAAUGCGUUGAAUUCGGUGCUUUCUAUUGACAUAAACCAAUGUCAAAACAAAAAGUAUAUCCCUCAAGAAAAGCAUGAUUUGGUACUAUUGAUACUUCGAACAGCCGAUCCGUCGAAUAUAAACAUCGAAGGUGCUAUCAUUGAAGCUUGUAAGCACGAUUGGGUAGAUAUUAUGAAACAUAUUUGGCUUAAUAUUAGUCAAAGUUAUUUUGAAAUGAAUGCUGAAAAGAUAAGACUAGCAUGUGAAUAUGGCAGUGUUGGUAUUAUACAGUGGUGUUUGGAUGCUAUUUCGUUAGAGUGCUUUGAUAUAAAUUCUUUAAUGGUCGAAUCAUGUGGAUAUGGUUGGAUUAACAUUGUUAAACGUGUAUGGAAUCAUGAAUAUAUAAAUCAUGACACAUUAGAUAUGAAAACAGCAAUGAAUGAUGCCUGUACUUACAAUAGAUUUGAAAUAGUCACGUGGCUACUCCAAAUUACUGAUGGUCUCAAGUUUGACAUGAGUAACGUUCUAAUUGAAUCCUGUAGGAACGGGUGGAUAGAUAUCAUUAAAAAUAUUAAAAAGAACGGUGAUUCGAAGUUUAAUGAUAUGACGGUGAUGUUGGGUAUUACUGAAGCAUGUGCUAAUGGUCAUUUGCCUGUUAUUGAAUUCAUGUUUCAGACAUUUGGGACUGAAUAUUUUGAUCUUGUGAAAAUAUCAGAACGGAGGACUAAGGCAUCCGAAAACGAAGAUGUUACAAUGUUUUUACUACGAAAUUUUAAUUGUAAUUCUUUUGAUAUUCCAACUAUUUUGAAAAGAGCAUGUUCAUUUGGAUGGCCUGGAGUAGUUAAAUGGGUAAUACACGAAUUGAAAUAUAAUGGUGACUUAGUUGAACCGUUAAACAAUGCUUGUUUAAACGGAGAGUGUGACAUUGUGAAAUAUCUUCUCCAAAAUGUUCCAAAUGAAAAACUGGAUUUUAAACGUGCAAUGCUCUCCGCAUGCAAUAGAGGUUGGGAUGACAUUGUUGAAUUACUAUUACAAAAUGUUGACCAUCAAAAGCUAAAUGUGAGAAAUGCUGUUAUUGAGGCAUGUCGCUGUGAAGAUAGUGAUUGUGCUGUUUUAAUUAUUCGACAAGUCGACCAUAAACUCAUAGAUUUAAACGUGGUUUUAACAGAAAUUUGCAAGAACUCAUCGCGUGAACAAUUAGUACUUUCCAUCCUAAAAACAGUGGACAGUUCUGAAUUUGAUCAAAACAUUGUAAUGGACACAGCUAAGAAGUAUAAUUGGAGGAAAGUUUUGCUGUUUUUGAAUAGGCAAAAAAGUUAA